AUGUCAUCGAUGAAAGGUUCAGAAGAUGAAGGAUCUGAAUGGCUGGUCAACCUUCUCAACGAGAUCCAGCUGGGUCAGUUUUACAUCAAACUGCGUGAUGAUCUGCAAGUGACCAGGCUGGUCCACUUUGACUAUGUCAAGACAGAAGAUCUAGAGAAAAUUGGCAUGGGGAAGCCGGCCAUCCGACGUUUGAUGGACACUGUAAAAAAACACAAGACUCUCCGCAAGAAGUCGCUCUCAGACAAGCCAUCCCAGAAUGGCUCGCAAGCUUUGUUAAGUCCUGAAACUGGCGACUCAACUUUGACUUGCCUGAUUGACAAGAAGAAUGUUUUCCUGUUUGAGAAACUGGGAAAUGGUUCCUUUGGGGUGGUCCGGCGUGGGGAAUGGCUCACACCCAUGGGAAAGAAAAAAACGGUGGCCGUGAAGAUCCUCUGGAGAGAUACCCUUUCGCAGCCUGGCGCCUUUGAGGAUUUUGUCAAAGAGGUGAAUGCCAUGUACACCCUGAAACAUACCAACCUCAUACACCUGUACGGGGUGGUGCUGUCCACACCUCUGAUGAUGAUAACAGAACUAGCUCCCUUGGGAUCACUGCUGGACAGGCUACAUGAGGCACAGGAAUCUCUCCUGAUCUCCACACUGUGUGAAUAUGCCAUUCAGAUCGCUGUUGGAAUGAGCUUCCUAGAGUCAAAACGAUUCAUACAUCGAGACUUAGCUUGCCGGAAUGUGCUGUUGAAAACCGAUGAGCUGGUGAAGAUUGGAGACUUUGGCCUCAUGAGGGCACUUCCCAGUCAGACCGACCACUAUGUCAUGUCAGAACAGAAGAAGGUGCCAUUUGCAUGGUGUGCACCGGAGAGCCUCAAGUCCAGACAGUUCUCCCACGGUAGUGAUGCCUGGAUGUUUGCUGUCACCCUGUGGGAGAUGUUCACCUAUGGGCAGGAACCUUGGAUGGGUUACAAUGGCUCACAGAUCCUUCAUAAAAUUGAUGUAGAGAAUGAGAGGCUUCCUCAACCUCCUCACUGCCCGAGUGACAUGUACCAGCUGAUGAUGCAGUGCUGGGCCCACAAACCUUCAGACCGACCGUCUUUCUCAGCUUUGAAGGACCUUCUCUCAGAGCUGAGGCCAGAUAAUGUGAAAGCUUUACAGGGAUUUAGUGAGCAGGGUCGACUGUCAGUUGAGGAAGGUGAUCUGAUCACGGUGAUUGAUGGAAAACCCGACAGGUUUUGGUGGAAAGGUCAGAAUCGGCGGACGACACAGAUUGGAACAUUUCCUCGUGCUCUGGUUAUGGUCCAAAGGAAGCUAGGAGGAGCUGACAUUAGCAUCCCACUGAAAAACAGCUUCAUUCACACAGGACAUGGAGGCCCUCUUGGGGACAACUGGGGUGACCCAGGGGCCAUUGAUGAGGUGUAUCUCAGAAACCCGAUGGUGCCUCCUGACUUGGGUGAAGAGGAUGCUGGUCUAGUUGCUCAACUCCGCACUAAAAUAAAUCUGAGCAACUCAUUAUUUGAUUAUGGGAAGCUGAAAGAUGAGUCGGAGCAAAAGCAAGGCAACUCUUACUCAGGUCGCAGACGGCAAUCACAUAAUCAGAACCAGAAAUCAUCAAUGUCAAGGGCAGCCUCAGUUCCACAGAUUUUAGAACAGCUGAACUCAGAAGGCACUGAUGCCCGCGAAACACAGCUGAUUGAUUUAGCACCAUCUACAAAGGACACUGGACAAACCUCAGGCCAACAGAGUAAAACAGAUUUUGAUAUCUUUGACUCUCUCUAUUCCCCAACCAGUCAGUCUGUGUAUGGAAACCUAGAUCUGCCUUCACCACUGUUGAGCAGCUCCGAACCUGACCCUUUUGAUGUUAGAACUCGAUUCCAGGUGUUUAAAACCAUAAACUGGGGGAAAACAGAGAGCGUUAGUUCAGGCUACAAGUCAGAUCCUGAUCUUGUGGAGAGUUUGGAGUCAUCUGGGGUUUUCUCAGCGACUUCAGCCCAGUCAUCUAUCUCGUCAUCUUCACAGCCAUCCCAGAUGUUAGUAAACACAUCAGCCGGUGCUUUGAAGUCAGCGCUGAAUCCUUUAGUUGAUUCCUCAAAGUCAAGGGCAAAUCCAUUCAACCCAUCAGUUGAUUUAGUACAGUCAGGACUGAGUCAGUCAGUUGAUAUAAAAAAGGCAGGGCAGAAUCAGUCAGUAGAUUUAGUAAAGGCAGGAGUGAAUCAGUCAGCUAAUAAAGCCAGACCAGAAUGGAAUCCAUCACUGAGGUCAGUACUGAAGACUAGUGCUGAUUCUCACCAGAAAAUUCAGGAGAAACGUUUCCAAAUACCUGCAAGCUCCACAUCUUUCGCUUGUAGCGCCGGUACCACAGCUCUCAAAACCAAUACUCAGAUGCAUUCUAGAGAUCUGCUCUAUUGUGAGCCCCCAAGAGAAGAUCUGUUCAGUGUAUCCUCUUUACCCAAACCUGAAGCUCAACCUACAUCACAUAUCAUAAAUGAACAAUUUAAUGGUAAUCAGAUUCUGCACUCAGGGGUAAAUAAUCGUGACACAAGGGAGCGAGUUGUUUCCCCUUGUGUCAAGGAUGUUCCUACAACAACAAAACAAAAGAUUAUAUGUGGUAGAAAUGGCUCGGUGAUCUUGCCAGUAAAACUUCCACCACCCCCGAAACUACAUUGCCAGGGCACAAAGCGGGCAGCACAGAAUACAAGCCAGGUUGUCCUACAGCAACCCAAUAAACAUGAUGAUCCAGGAACAUCAGCCUCUCAGGACAAUAGCAAAAUAAAAACAGAGAAGGCGUUUGACUGGAUAAAUGACACUGUGAAACAUAACUUAUCACCCCUGCAGCAUUCGUUAUUCCAAGAGUUAAGUGCAAGGAUGAACAAAAUCAAUCUUAAUAAAAAUCUGUUGCCGAGAUCAGACACUUUCCCGUUGUACGAUAGCGUUCCUGAAGAACCCAGCUCACGAUCCAGAAUUCAAAGUGAUGGCAGUCCAACAGAUCAGUCAGGUCCAUCGGCCAGCUUCUCAAAAUGUGAGACAUACUUGAAUUGUGGAUCAAGGGCAUUAGAACAGUCGUUGCAGGCUGGUGCAUCAGGUGAAAGUUCUGCGGUUGUCAGCGCGGGUAAUAUAUCACUAGCUGAAAGCUGCGAGUACAGCUCAAGUAUCAGCGACAGCACUUGGGAUGAGGAGUUUGAUGAUGAGGAUGUUGAGCAUGACUUUGAGGAAGCUCCUGCCAAAGACGAUUUGCCACUCAUGUCUCCUCCACCUGUUCCUCCACGGACUUACCAAACUGUUGCUGACAGUAGCCAGGUGAAGACGCCAGAUAAACCCCACAUCCUGCCUUUGAAACAAGAUGGUCAACAAUUAAGUCAUACUCAUUAUUUCCUCAUCCCUUCUGUGAAUCAACAGUGCCCUCCUCCACAGCAAAAGGAUAUUCCUGCUUCUCACAAAAGCAUCAAACAUUCUCCUCAGAAGGCUACGGCAGCGGUGAAACCAUUCCUCAUCAACACAGCAUUUGAUAUGAAAGAUGAAAGCAGCAAUAGUGUAGAUUAUGAAAAUCUGAAUGGCCUCAUGAGUCACGAUGUGGUCAAUCGGUCACUUUCAAGUAAGUCUGCAUCUUCAAAGUCCAGUAUCAGCAGUGGGGGAUCCAGUAGUUCUCCUCGACGUGCAGCAGCCAGUCACUACAUUCACCGUUCUGCAUACACAUCUGCAGGUCCUUCUCUUUCAAAACCACAGCCUAUUGAUUGUUACAAGAAACAAGCUGAAGAAGACGAGGACCUCAGUUUUAUGAGUUCUUCUCCAAGAGACAGGAUCGCCAUGGUUCGGAACCAAGUCAUCGGGGUCACGGAUGAGGAAUGUCAUGCAGCUUUAUCAACCACCCACUGGGAUGUGGAGAAUGCUGUGAAGUACCUAAAGAUAGAGCAGCUUUUCCGGCUGGGUGUGGUACCCAGAUCUUCUUGCAAGGGGCUGCUUGAAACACUAGGCUGGAAUUUAGAGCGGGCAAGCUCUGUAAUCGUUGACAGGGUUCGCAGAACCAGGAUGACAUCUGGAAGUUCAUUUGAGACUGCGGUUUGA